AUGAUGGUCUUCUCGAGAUUACCUCCGUCCGUCGCCGAACGGAGCAAUCGGCAGGAGCUCCGCUUCUCGGCGGAAUCGGAGCUCCGAGCCUCCAACAUCAAGCCGGUUGUAGCAUUUGAGGGGUGGAAGAGCCUGAACAACCUUCACCAGGACACACGUUUCGAUGAGCACACAACUUCACUUUGUGUAGCUUGCCCUAUCAAGCGGACUACCGAUCUCACCGAUAACGAUAUUGGUGCAACACGCGGAUGCCGUAGCCCUGAAGCACGACUGGUGCCACCACGAAUCCAGGAGUUGGUAGUUAUCAACACCAACAUGGCUAUCACGCUCAGGAAGUUCGCCGCAGAGCUCGGCCUCCUGACGAUCGCCAAUGCACCUCGCGACGUUCCUCUCAUCUACCUCACACGGUUCCUGCGCAUGGCAGCUUAUGGCUCUGCCUCGCUUAUUCUGGCCUUGUUCUUCGCGUCCCUGGACAUCUCCGAGACGCGGAUCGGCCUCUUCAUGACGCUGACCCUGCUCGGCGACGUUGCGCUGUCGCUGCUCCUCACCCUCAUCGCAGAUGCCGCGGGCCGCCGCCGGAUCCUGCUCCUCGGCUGCUUCGGCAUGGUCCUUGCCGGGGCGGUGUUUGCUAUUGCCAGCAACUACUGGGUCCUGCUCAUCGCCGCAGUGGUGGGCGUGAUCUCUGUCUCGGGCAACGAGAUCGGGCCGUUCCGGGCUGUAGAGGAGAGCGUGCUUGCCGGUCUGGUCGGGGAAGAAGGAAGGAGUGAUGCGUUUGCCUGGUACGUCGUCGCCGGCACGCUGGGCAGUGCAGCAGGGCUCGCUGGGGCGGGGACUCUGGUGGAAGCCUUGAAGAAGGGAGGCUGGACUGAGCUGCAAGCUUACCGUGCUGUGUUCUGCUUGUACGGGGCAGUGGGUGUCGUGAAAGGAGUAGUCACGACCCUCUUGAGCUCUCAGUGUGAGGUCGACGGAGGUAAAAAUGCCUACCAGCCGGUGGGAGCGAAGCAAAACAGGCCCGCUGUGGCCGCCGACGAGACAGAAGAGGAUGGUGGCGAUGGAGCAACACAAUCGAGCCCGAGCGAGCGCCCUUCGCCUAAAUCAAAGCCGAAGCUAGGCUUUGCGCAAUUGUCGAACAAGACGCGGUGGACACUCCUCCGAUUAUGCGCACUCUUCGCAGUUGACUCUCUGGCCUCCGGCAUGGUCCCUUAUUCUCUCAUCAACUUCUACAUGGACCGCAAGUUCCACAUGCCAAAGAGCACACUGGGAGACAUCAUGUCGGUGGUCUGGAUCAUGUCCAGUAUCGGGAACGUCUUUGCAUCUGCCAUUUCGAAACGCAUUGGCCUAGUAAAGACUAUGGUGUUUACUCACCUUCCCUCUGCGAUCUUUCUGGCGCUUCUACCUUCGCCGAACGUUAUUUGGCUUACUGUGGUCCUUCUCGUCUCAAGAGGGCUUUUGGCGAGCAUGGAUCAAGCACCGCGGUCAGCGUUCCUGAGCAAGGUCGUGGCAGCAGAGGAGAGGACUGCAGUGAUGGGUAUCGUGAAUGUAGUCAAGACACUGAGUCAGAGUGGUGGCCCAACAGUCACGGGCAUCUUAGCCGGUUCUGACCGAUUCUGGAUCGCGUUUGUGGUGGCAGGGUCAAUGAAAGCAUCGUAUGAUCUGGGCUUAUUGACACUGUUCUUGAAGGUCGAGAGGCAGGGUCAGGCAGGGUUGCAAGAGGAGAGAGACCUACAGAUGUUGGAUCAACAGACUGAAGAGCUUGGUGAUGCAUUCGAGCUGGACAGCGAUGAUGGGGAAUUUUCUGGAGACGGCACUACGAGCAAAGGAAAGAACAUCUAG